ACGGAACUAUUCAAGAAACGUUAGCUACGCUUUUUAUACGCAAUUAUAGUCGAAAAAUUUUCAAAGAAUAAAAAAUAUAUUUAUGGUAAAGAUUCACUUAACACAGCUUCAUAACUAGACAGCUAUAUAGCGCGUAUUAAUAUAAUUGCCAAAUACGAAUAAUCCAACUUUUACUCAUCCAACUUUUUCUAUUGCUGAUGAACUAUGCGAUAGUUUAAUAACACUUCGAAGAAGAGCAAACAACGACUUUCUGUAUUUACCAAAUGGAUUGGAGUUUAUAAUUAGGGCAAUGAAGGGGAACACAUCUAUCUUAGUCAGUCGAUGAUGGUCACAUAAACUGACUUUAGGCGAUAUCAUGCACGAUUAGAAAGAUAUUUGCGUCUUGGAAAGUAAGGCAGCGAAAUGGUAUGGUGAAAUAGAUUACUCUUAUCCAAAAGUAAUUUUGCGUAAAUAGGAAUAUCAUCUUCGAAAUACUAUGUGCGAUCAAAGCAAAAAGAAGGUGUCAUCUUAAGUUGGCGUUGAUAAACAAAUAAAAAAUACUAAAAACAAAAAAUAAUGGGUAUAUUAUUUUAACGAUCUUUUUUACUAUAUAUGUAUUCCUGUAUAGCAAUACAAGUAGCUUUUUUUAAUAAAAGUUUGGUCUAAAUACUUGGUAAUUGAUAAAAUAGAAUUUGUAAUAAAUUGAAUACAAAUAAAUGAAUAGCUGUUCAAAGAAUAUGAAUUAGAUAAAAUGGCCUAGAUCUGACUUUGUUUGUCUUUUAUUUCCAUUAUUUCUUCAUAUAUUCUAAAGAUUCUCCGCACAACUUCAUGAAUAUUGUUAUUAUAAAAGCAUAAAAAUGCUUGUGAAAACAUGCCGGUAAGGAGAUCUGGACAUCAUGAGACGACAUAAGAUAACGUGAUGCUUAUAAGACUGCAGACGCACUUCAUAUCACGAUUUACAUACCCACGCUUCUUAGAAUUUCCCCUAUCAAACUAUUCCCCCACCCAAGCUUCAAUUCAAAUCCUCAUACUUCUUGAUCUCUUUGCAAGAUCGAGUGUAAGUAAGCCGAAGAAGAAGAAAAACAGGGAAGAGGUACUACAUAUUUGGAGGGAAUCGGCGAAUGAAUUUACUAGAACUACCGCUAAAUAGAAGCCAACAGUCGCAGCGAAGGCCUCAAAGUAAACUGGAGCCAUGCGACCGAUCCUUGUCAUCCUGGUUUUCUUCUCGGGAUCAGUACUCUCAAAAUACUAUGAAAAAAAACGCUUUGACCGCUCCAUCUAUGAUGACUUUGAAAUACCGAAUGUUAGCAAGCACUUAAUAAAGAAGCAAUGGACAUUUACUGAUUAUGAAACGCAUUUUAGUGCAUAUAAAGAUAGAGAAGAAAACAAUUGCUAUGUAGAGAAACUAGAAGACAAUAUCGCUGCAGAAGGAUUUUCAGAAAAUGGAAUUGAACAGAAGCAAACAUCAAAAGUUCUUUAUGCUCCAAACGAAGUUUUGACAAAAUUAGAGGCAUGGCAAAUUGCAGGGGCUAGAAUAGUUGAUUUCUGUAAUGGCCACAAAAUUAUUUUACUACAAAAAACUAUUCCAAUAUUCGAACAAACGAUAGAUCCUUUUUUUAAUAUACUUCCCCUGGAUGAAAAUGAUAUCGUAACAAGAAGAGUAGCUGAUAUACUUCUAACACCACUGAUAAGUCGAGCUAAGAGACAAGUCGCGCUUGAAGAAAGGCAGAAGCUUAAUAAAAACUUUAAACAAAAUCGUUUGCGUCGUCAAGUACAACCAUCUCCAGGAAAAUUUCGAGGACAGACACAAUCUCAAUACUUAAGUAUCGGUAAUAAUGAACAGAAAGAAGGCAAGGCCGAGGCUGAAGCUACUCAACAAUCUUCCCGCGCAGUUGUUACUGGAAGCAAUGGUAUGGGGCAAGCACAAAGUAUGUCAUUGGGUAGUAAUGGAUGUGAAGAUUGUUCCAAAUAUACUGAUGAAAAUGUUCCAGAUAGAUAUGUUCAAAUUCCAGCAAUCAAACAGCCAGGAGAUAAUACUGUUAGACAAUCUGGUAUGAUCACUCCUGGAAUGGGUACAACUUAUCCUAGUAAAAUACCUGCUAGUACAGUUCGAGACCACAUGCCUUACCUUAGUGGAGGUGCAAUGUAUCCUGGACGUAUACCUGACAUUGCAACUGGUAGUGAUGCAUCAUAUCCAACAAGAGUAGGUGGCACAAUUUAUCCCGGAAAUAUACCUACUACAAUUGAUGGUAGAGUAGUCCAUUCUGGAAGUGUACCUGGAGGAACUGUACCUGGUACAACAACUGCUGGUGGUGUAGCAUAUCCUGGAGGAGUUCCUAGCACUAUAACAGGUGGUGGUGCAGUUCACCCUGGUGGUUUGCCUGGUACUGUAAUAAGUAGGCGUAUACCUUAUUCUGAAGGUCCACCUCGUACUACCACUGGUGAUGGUGUAGCUUACCCUGGAGGUAUACUUACUACUACAACCGGUGGUGGUAUUGCUUACCCUGGAAAUAUACCUAUUACUACAACUGGUGGUGGUGUUGCUUACCCUGGAAGUGUAUCUAGUACUGUAAUUGAUGGUGGUACAGUUUACCCUGGAGGUGUACCUAGUACUACAAUUACUGGUAGUACAGUUUACCCUGGAGGUGUACCCAGUACUACAACUGGUGGUGAUGUUGCUUACCCUGGAGGUGUACCUAGUACUACAAUUACUGGUGGUACAGUUUACCCUGGAGGUGUAUCUAGUGAUGGUGCAGCUUAUCCUGGAAGCAUGCCUGGUACAACAAUUGGUGGUGGUGUAACUUAUCCAGGAAGUAUGCCUAGUACAACAACUGGUGGUGGUAUAGCCUAUUCUGGAAGCAUUCCUGGUAUAACAACUGGUGGUGGUGUAACUUAUCCUAGAGGAGUGCCUGGUACUGUAACAGGUGAUGGUGUAGUUCAUCCUGAAAGUGCACCUGGUACAACAACUGGUCGUGGUGUAGCUUAUCCUGAAGGAGUGCCUAGAACUUUAACAGGUGGUAGUACAAUUUACCCUGGAGGUGUGUCUGGUACUACAACUGGUCACAUUGCUUAUCCUGGAGGUGUGGCUGGUACUACAAUUGGCGGUACUGUAGCUUACCCUGGAGGUGUACCUAGUACUACAACUGGUGGUGGUGUAACUUAUCCUGGAGGUGUACUUGGUACUACUACUGGUGAUGCUGCAGUUUAUCCCGGAGGUCUGCCUGGUACUACAACUGCUGGUGGCAUAGCACACCCUGGAAUAAUUUCUGGUACAGCAACUGGUGGUGGCAUAGCUUAUCCUAGGGGUGUACCUGGUACUACGACUAGUGAUGAUGUUACUUAUCCUGGAGGAGUACCUGGUACUGUAACUGGUGGUAGUGUACCUUACCCGAGUGGUGUUUAUACUAGUGGUACUGUACCAGAUACCAGAGAUACUCUUCAUGGCCAAAUUAUAACAGACUCAAAAGCAAUUGGAGAUACUAAUGUGUAUCCCAGUGGACAGUCCCCUACACAAUUUUUUGGAACACCAGGUACACCAAGGACUUUUCCUGGUCGUCCUGCUGAUGUUACAAGUGUUUAUGGCGGUGGUAUUUCACCACCAGCAAGUCAAUUAGGAGAAACUGUACAUUAUCCAGGAAACGUGAUAUCAGGUAGAAAGAUUGAUGGAGACAUUAUACCAGGAAUAUCUGUCACAGCUCCAAGUGGCGGUAUUACCUAUUCUACAGGUACUGCACCAGGAACAAGUAAUCUUGAUGGUACAAGAGAUUCUUUUCAAGGAAAAUAUUCAGAAAAUCGUGCAAUAAUACCGCCGAGCUACCCAUUGCAAGGACAAUAUCCUGGCAGUUCAAGAUGGCAAGAUAAAGGAGCUUUAACUUCAAGUCUUGUAGGGCAUGGACAAGUAAUUGAACAAUACCCAGGUGAAGGACAAGGUAUCAGACAAUAUCCUGGUAGUAUACAGUAUCCAUCCAACAUAAGAUCCAUAACAAAUACUGGAGAGAUUCCUCAAUAUUAUCAACAACCUAGUAAUCUUUUACCUGUAGAAAAUGAUAACUCUAAUUCUCAAGCAUCUAGUUCUGUAAAACAAACAGAUUCAGGUACUCAAGCAAGCGCAUCAGCUCAAGGCAAGUUUCAACAAGGUACAGCUCAAUCUCAAGUAACAGGUACUUAUAGUGGUUCUGGAUCAUUCUCAGCUCAAGCUGGUAGUACUGACAUAAAUAAAAGUGCACAAGCUGAAAUUAAUGGUGGUAAAGGAGGUGUAGUAAGCAAUGCUCAAGGAGUUGGUGGUUAUGGAAAGAGUCAAACACAAGUUCAAUUAAAUUCAGAAUUAGGUGCCACAACAACAGGUGCACAAAGUAGUGGCUGGAAUCAUGGUACAAAUUCCCAAGUACAAGCAAGCUCCAAAGGUGGAAUGGCAGAUGCUCAAGCAAAUGGUGAAGGAAGUACUUCAAGUCAAGCUCAAAUUGGUUUUCAACCAUAUCUUAAGACAGAUGAAAAAAUUGAAAGAUAUUCGAAACCAUUCCACGGAGGUGGAACAGCCUCUGCUCAAAGUGGAGCAUAUACAGGUCAAUCUCAAUCGCAACUUGAAGGAUCUUUCCAAUAUGGAAUUACUUAUACUGGUGCUGCACAAGCAGGAUCGGGAUCUGGUGCAGCAACUUCUAGAAAGCCAUUCAACUUCAAUCUUACGGAUAGUGAGCUAUUUAAACCAUUCAAACCAUCUUAUGGACCACAAAUUGUACAGAAGAAUAGUAGUGAAAGGAUAAAUACAGCCCCAGAUAAUGAAUAUAAUCAAGACAAACUUCAGUCAGGUUUACAAACUAGUUCUAGUUUCCAAAGAAGAACUUUUACUAAGCCAGAUGACAAUUCACGAAAUAUUACUAGUAAACCAGAUCAAUCUGUUGAGAAGUCCCAAUUGGAUGAUUCAGUAUAUGAUUAUGAAGAAGAAUAUAAUGGUGAAGAUUAUGACAUGUCAUCAUUUCAAACUUCAAUGAAUCCGAAGAUUUCAAAAAGCUAUGCUGCAGAACAAAAUAAUAGUAAUUAUCAAUUACAAACAUUACAUGUUGCAGCUGGAAAUCAGUAUGACGUUCACGUGAAACAAGAUACUAAUGCAGCACAAGUUGGUGAUGUCCUCCAACCUGGUCAAUCAUUACAAUCGAGGUACACUAUACCACCUGGCUUUCGUGGUAGAGUAAUAUCUGUAGCUGGUGAUAAAAUUAUUACUCAUGGCGAUGGGAAAUCUCAAUCUCAAACAGUUUCCCUGAUUCCAAAAGAACCAAAUUUAACUUACGAAAAUAAAUCACCUAUUUCAGAAAUCAGAUCUCUUAAAACUAAUCAUGAAAGAUUAAUAGAAAGUCAUGCUGCAUCUAAAGAAAAGCAAAAAAAUACUUUUCCACAAAUCCGAUAUCAAACUUCAACAGAAUAUCCGAAAUACAAUUCUAAUGUACCAAUGAAACCAAGUUAUUAUACAAUAACAAACAGCAUUGCUGGUAAACUAGAUGGUAGAAAUUCACCAAGAAAGUAUGAACAUCGUUAUUACACGAAAAGUUCAACUUGUGGAUAUUUUACAUUCUCUUGCAAUAUUGUAUAUGGUUCUAAUGGUAGAACAAAAAUUUGCAAACCAAAAAUGCCGACAUAUCCCGAUGGUACUCCCAUGAAAUGUUAAAUAGUGAUUAUAAGGUAUAAAAACUCUCUUGUAUUGUUUAAAAAAACUUAGUUUUUAUUCGUAGAUUAUUUUAUACUUUACUAAUAUUAGAGAUAUUUUUUUAUUACAAUUUAGAUUAUUCUUCUUGUUUAUCCUUGCAUUAAUAUUUAUGAUCAUUCAUACAUCUUAUGAAUGUAAUAAUAUUUCUAUUAUUUCUUUCACAUAUACACACUACAUAUCAUUUUUAUUGAGGUACUUGUACUGAGUGUACAUUAUAAAUUUAAUGCUGCAUCAAAUUUUAGUAUCUAACCUUUUUUAUCAAUAAAACAUAUAUUAAACAAAUAAAGGAUUCUACUUUCUAUUCGCCUUCAAAUAUUAAUUACAUCAAUUAAUAAAUAUAUAUGACCUCUUUUAAAUUCAUUACAGUCAAGCUUGAAUUUAAAUAGUUCUUCUACUUAAAAUUAGGGCAUUAACUUCCAUAUAAUAUAGACAUAGGUACAUUCACGAUUUUUUAGACCUUAUUUUACAAACCACGCACAUAUAAAUAUCAGGUAUCAUAGAUGGUACAGAUAAUCUCUCAUUAUCUAACUUCACCAGUCUUUAGGUAAGAAACAAAAUUUGAAAUUACAUACAUAUAUGUCGGAGAAGAGUCAGGAACAGGGUUGUGGGCGUUUGAUGGACCUCCCUUGGAAUUGGCCAUCGUUGUGUGAUAACGAAGAUACGACCUGAUGCUACGAGUAUGGACACCACUGAUUCGACAAUCAACAGAGGUGGUUGGGCACUUGCGAUGUUAGUGACGUUGGUCUUAGGUUCGAUGACGAAUCCACGGUCAACGGGAUGAAAGAUAUACUUGCUCUAACUCAAACUCACUGAUCGUCAGGCGCUGCUCCCUUCGUCGGUGGGAUCUCAAGAAAGAAUGAAUUUUCGUCCCAAUGAUGCCACAGAGGAAAACUAUGAUGGGGUGUGUCUGAGGACACGAGAUCAUCGGAUUCGUUGGGUAUAGCUCUCGUUCCGAAAGUAAGGGAAAUUGACGUCGCUGUCAAUUGGUCAGUUUGGGACAAAGACUGUCUGUCCUUUUGGAAAAUCUUAAUUGCCGGAAAAACCCAGGUUUUAUAGCGGGUCCUCGGGCUAACUGGACUUGUGCUGUGUACGUGCCUCAACAUCAGGUAUUCAUUGUCCUCAGGAACCGUUGGAAUGUUUUACUGUCAGAUACCUCUAUGGGUAUUUCCUUUAAUGAGGGUCAUACUACCGCUCCAUACCUUUG